AGGUUUAUAAAAAGAGCCGCUGCAAAAUAGGUCAGAUGCGUAAAAAAACAGAUUUAGCCCAAUAAUUCACUAAGACAUCAACAUGGUUUAUUGGACAGACGCUGAGCGCCAUAACAUCACUGAUCUGUGGAGAAGAGUCGACCCUGACAAGCUCGGACCACAGGCCGUGGCCAGACUCCUGAUUGUGCACCCAUGGAACCAAAGGUACUUCGCUACUUUUGUCAAUUUAGUCGAUGCCGCAACCAUCAAAGAAAGCCCCAAAGUGGCUUCCCAUGGAAAGGUGGUCCUUCGUGGUCUAGACAUAGCUGUGAAGAAUUUAGAUAGCAUUAAGGCCACCUACGCUAAGCUGGGUGAGCUUCACUCUGAUAUAUUGAACAUGGAUCCCAGCAACUUCACACUUCUUUCUGAUUGUAUCACCAUAACUCUUGCCGCAAAAUUCGGACCCUGGGUUUUCACCCCUGAAGUUCACAGCGCUUGGCAGAAGUUCAUGGAUGUGGUUGUGGCUGCUCUGAGCAAGCAGUACAACUAAACAAGCAGCAGAAUAUAUGUGUAAAGUCUGUUACUCUGGGAUCAGAACAUGAAAUAAAACAUAAACGAUA